AGCACCGCGAAGCACUAUCUAUUAAUCGAUUUGUUUCAACACGUGCAGAGGCCGCAUUCAAUACACACAGCAUACGAAUUUUUGCAAUUAAAAUUAAAACUUGAUUUCAAUUAAAAAUGGUGACAAGGAAGAAGCCAAUCAAGCGCUCUGCCGAGAAGGCUGCCAUUGAUAAAGACGAGGAGGAGCCAACACAGCCAAAGGUUCCGAAGGAGCUAAUCGUCAUAGCCCAAGAAGUGAAAAUUGUCCGCGCCCUGGCCUGCAACGAUUUGACAAAAAGAAAUCGUCAAAUGCGCAAAUUACGCAAAUUUUUUGAGCUGCGGGCAAACACAACUUUUUCCUUCACCGAAGAUGACUUUAUGCGGAUUUGGAAGGGGUUGUACUACAACAUGUGGAUGUCGGACAAGCCGCUGGUGCAGGAGGAGCUGGCCGAGCAGUUGGCCCAACUAGUGGACAGCUUCGGUGGUAAUACGGAUUGCAGUCUGUUGUACUUCAGCGCAUUCAUGCGCACCAUGUGCCAGGAGUGGUUCGGCAUUGACCAAUGGCGAAUGGACAAAUUCUUGAUGCUUGUGCGCCGCAUGCUGAGGUAUAUCUUGCGGCUGCUAAAGGCGAAAAAGUGGUCGUCAGAGCUGAUCGAUUCGUUUAACACCAGCAUGCUGCAGUCUGUGCUGGCGGAGCAACCCAAAAGCCGCGGUCUGACAAUGCACUACUUAGACAUUUUCUUUGAGGAACUUGCCAAGGCGGCCAAUGGAGAGAUUACAGCCGGCCAGGUAAAUCUGUUUCUGCGCCCAUUUGUCAACUAUGUGGGCACACAGCGCGACGCCAAGCUGGUGGCCCAGUGCCGGACUCGAGUGCUCUACCAUUUGCUGUACCAAAGCGAAUUGGGCCGAGACUAUAGCGAAAAAUACAACGCCUGGAAGACAAUGGGCUUUCCGACCGCAAGCAUCGAUGACAUUGAGAAACACGACUCGGGCUUUGACGAAGAAGAUGACGAGGGCAACACUGAGGAGGAGCCGCAGCGUGCCACCUCCCUUGAUCCACGCGCUGGCAAUGUUGAUGUCCACAUGCCAGAGCUUCCCCUUAAUGCGGAUUGUGUACUGGAUGAGCUGCAGACGCUGCUGCGCACAAACGAGUUCAACAGCAAACGUCGCAAAGGUUUACGAAAGCUAAUCCAAAUCUUUGAGACCUUUAAGAAUGGAGAAUUCCCGCUGGGUGUGCGCACCAUGCCCAAGGUGGAAGGCACAACCCUAUCCGAAUUGGUGGAGCAGAAGGUGGCCGACAUUGAGGAGAUGGAGGACGAGGUCUUUGGUACUGGCAGAAAACUAAAAAAACUCAACAAGUCCAAGCGCAAGCGUCUACUGCAGUCCAUUAACUUUGAGGAGGUAGAUGAGCACAACUACGACGACAUAAUUGGCAAGGCUCUGCCCCCAGAGCUGCAGAAGAAGGUAAAACGCAAUGCGAAGGUGCGUUCUAGCAUCAACAACGCCUGGGUAGUGGAGGAAGUCAAGGAGGACGCCGAGGAGGGUAAGGAAGAUAAGGUCAAACCAGCCAAGGAGCCGAAGGAAGCGAAGCAGUCCAAGCCCAAGGCAAAGAAGGUAAAGAAGGUGGAGCAGCCGCAGGCGCAGCCUAAGCCGGAACCAGAAACAAAACCUGCAUCCAAAAAAGCUGCCGACCCUCCUAAGUCUGCAGCCAAUGGUUGGGAAACGGCUCUCGAGGCUGGUGAGCAGGAGCUUUUCCUGCCCUCGCGCAAACAGCAACUGAAACAGAUAAACAGCACACUCCAGAAGUCCACGACGCCGCAGCCAGCCCAGUGUCUUCCACAACAAGCGUCCACGCCUCAGAGGGGAAGUGCCAAGCGCGUGCAGAUUCAAGUGAAGCGCAACAGCUCCUAUCCCAAAAGCGACUACUAUCGACAGUUGAAGUUAUCCCCCGGCUUGCCAUACGAUGCGGACCGUUUGCCUGGCAAGAGCGCCCUCAAGCCGCACGUCAUGCCUGGACCCAUCAAUCCCAACUACAAGGGUACCAAGCUACCCUUCAAUGACACCCUGUGACGUUGCGUCCGUUGGCUGGGAUUUGGACAAGGACGUUGAUGCAGCAAUCUUCAACAACAACAACAAAAACUCCAUUCAAACGCUCUAAUAAAUGCGAAGAGAAUGCCACAUAUAGCAUCCAUGAUCGAUUCUGUCGCAAUAUUAAAGUGAAAGAUCGGAGCCCAGGCAUAUUAUUUAGGGUUAUAUCUUCUGUAGGUCUUAUACAAUUUUUACAUAUAUUCUUAUAUUACCUACCGCUUGCAUUAGGUAUUUUGUUAGAUUACAUUGAUGAUUCUACAUACAUAAGACCCUUUUGUUAGACUUAAAACUAAUCGAUCAUUCGCGUCAUAUUCUCGCAUCUACUUGAGUUACUUUUAUUUUGCCCAUACCAGACCCUGCGCUACAUCAAGGCACAAUACGCAACAUAUAUUUAAAUGCUUCAAUUGUUUUUAAACAUUUUAAGUUCACAUGAGCCAUGAUGGAAAUAAAAGCUACCAUGUAUGUGUAAA